AUGUCUGCCAACCACUUCAUGAAAACCGAGGAGCGCCCCACACUCCCUCCUCUUCACACGCUCAACCUACCGAUGUGCUCACGCCCAUCGCGAGCUAAUGUAAAAUACGAACAUCACGAUAAUCUGCGACCCAUGCCUUCGCAAGUGCCUCGCACCUGCCAUAUCCGUCAGGUCUCUUCCUCGUCUUCGCAUACGAACGCGUCGCGCAACACCUCUCCCUCUCCCUCCGAAUGCGACUCGGACGUCAGCCCGCUCGAAAUUCCUUCGAAGCAGACGAAAUUCCGUCUCGAACCUUGCGAGUUCGCAGCUGCCGACGCCGUCAUCCUCGUCCCGCCUCCUGGCACCUCGUAUGCCGGUGCAGGUUACAACUACGUUCCCCGUGAGGGAAAACCACAGGGCCUUCUCCUCGUCGGACAGGCGCUGCAGCACGUUCGCCACCCCGAGCGCCACAUCGCGAAAGGCGCCAGGAUCCAUCCAUACCGCAUCGCACGGAGCGCCCACCCGAACACGGGCGCCUCAAGACGGUCCUCGGUCAUUUCGAUAACCGCCUUCAACCCCACCCAAUGA